AUGGAUAGCUUUUUUUCGAUGACUCAAGACAGCGCCAACUCUCUGCACAUAGUUGGGGAACCGACCUUUGAGGGUCUUGCCCGCUACAUUGAGCAGAACAACGUGACAAAGAUUCUCGUCAUGGCUGGCGCCGGCAUAAGUGUCGCGGCGGGAAUCCCUGACUUUCGUAGCCCCCACACAGGCAUCUACGCAAACCUUGGGAAGUACAACCUCAACUCCCCGACAGAUGCCUUUUCACUGACACUAUUAAGAGAGCGUCCAGAUGUCUUCUACAAUAUUGUGCGCGAGAUGGACCUUUGGCCGGGCCAUUUCUGGCCAACGCUUGUACACUAUUUCAUCAAGCUGUUAGCGGAUGAGGGACGCCUGCUGCGAUGCUGCACACAGAACAUUGACGGCUUGGAACGGGCUUGCGGGCUGCCCAAGUCACUGCUGGUGGAGGCACAUGGGUCCUUUUCAACUGCCUCCUGUAUUGGAUGUCGUUCUCCGUACGACAUUGACUUAGUAAGCCAUGAGUGCCGGCAGGGCAAAGUGCCCUACUGUGACAAAUGUGGGGGUGUGGUGAAGCCGGACGUUGUCUUUUUUGGUGAAAGCCUACCCGAUUCGUUUUUUGACCUUUUUGACGACUUGCCGAAGGUGGAGCUACUGCUUAUCAUGGGAACCUCACUUCAGGUUCACCCUUUUGCGGGCCUUGCGGUCGGUGUGCGCCCCGAUGUGCCACGGGUGCUGUUCAACUUGGAGCGUGUUGGUGACAUCAUGUUUCGCUUUCCCACGGACGAGCCAAGUCUGCGGCCACUAAGCAGAAACCACAGCGGCAGCAUUCACUCCAGCAGUAGUAGCGAGGGUUACGGUCAGUACGCGCAACACGCCGCAGAUACCGAGGGGAUUUGCCGCGAUAUAUUCUUCCCCGGCGACUGCCAGCAGACAGUGCGGUGUCUGGCUGAGGCGAUGGGACUUGGCGAACGGUUGGCAGCAGCUGUGAGUGAGGGGGAGAAGAAACGUGAGAGUUAUGUUGCACCGUAA